AUGCCUGAGAAAAAACCCACACAGUGGCGAUGGAGGACUGUCUGUUCCCUGAUUGUGGGACUCGGAUUCCUUCUUCUAAUCCUCGGCCUUUCUUUAUACUUUUUCAUCAUCCCAUUCGUUGUUGAUUCCAAAAUACGCGAGAAUUCCCAGCUGUUGGAAGGUAGUCGCUUGAUGGAAGAAUGGAAGACUCCAAAAUAUAAUAUGUUAUUCAAACUUUAUGUGUAUUCCGUUAAGAACCCAGACGAGUUCAUGGCAGGGGAUAAACCUGUUGUAACGGGAAUGGGUCCUUAUACUUUCAGAGAAAAAAUGGAGCAUAAGGUAAUUGGAGUUAAGGAUGGAAAAGUAAAAUAUAAAAUAAUUUCAAACUAUCAUUUUGAUCCUGAAUUGUCUUGUCUAACCUGUAUUCUUGGCAAUAGAGUCUGGGUUCCUAAUAUGAUUUAUCAGAAGUUUGUCGAAGCCGCAUCAACUCCGGGAAUGGAAGCAGCAGCCACAACACUUCUUUCUCAAACAGCUUUCCUUGAAGUUGAAGUGGGAGAGUUGUUAUUCGAUGGUUACAAAGAUCCAUUCUUGGAUAAAGUAUGUGACAUCCCCUUCAUGAACUUCGUUUGCGACUCCAUUCUCGACUUACCUGAUCGAAUUGGAUUCUUUUUCGAGAAAAAUAACACUAUCGGCUCGACUUUCGAAAUAUCUGAUGGAAGCCAGUCUGUCGAAACUUUGGGACGAGUACUAACAUGGAAUGAUAAAUCGAUUCUUGAUGAAUCUUGGUGGUCCUCUAAAGAUGCCCGAAUUUUACGAGGAAGUGCUGGCGCUUUAUUCCCACCAUUCAUUAAGAAACAAGACCGAUUAUGGGUGUUCGUUGAACAGCUUUGUCGUUCCAUAUAUCUGGACUUCGAAGAAGAAAUCGAGUACAAGGGCAUCCCAGCCUAUCGUUUCGUUCUCCCAGCCUCUGUGUUCGAUUCAUCUUUGAAUGAAAACAAGGGCUUCUGUAAUCCGACUGAGAAACGAUUCUUCUCAUCCCAAGGAGAAUCUGAUGACUGUUGGCCAAAGGGUUUAUUAGAGAUUUCAAAAUGCCAAAGAAGCCAGCCUCCUAUAAUUAUCUCACUUCCUAACUUUUUAUAUGCUGACGACGAAGUUUCGCAAUCCGUCGUUGGACUCAAUAAGUCAGAAGUAGCUAGGGAUUCCAUCAUUGUCGAUAUAGAGCCGAGAACUGGUGUGGUGCUCAAAGCUCAGCGACGUUCUCAAGUUAAUAUCGAAAUGUGGAAGGGCAAAGACAUAAAAUUCCCUGCUAACUUGAAGAAGAUGAAGUCAUCGAUAGUCCCGGUGCUGAUUGUACAUGAAGACGUUGAAAUUGAUAAUAAUUCAUUGAAUAUGCUCAGAAGUGAGCUAAUUGAGACUGAAAGAUUGGCCCUGAUCGUCGCCAAGUUCUUCAUGUUUGUCGGGUUCUUAACUUUGAUCGUCGGUUUCGUACUCACUUUUUAUUGGAUGGGUGUCUUUAACAGCUGCUUAAGCAGACACGGUGUCCACAACAUUGAUCCCCUGCCUAACUAUGUGCCAAAGAAUGGAGUUGAAAAAAUAUAG